GCCCACAUCAAAGCGCAAAUAGCAAAACAUAGAGAGAGAGAGAGAGUUGCAAAUUCCGUAGAGAGAAAAAUAAGGCAAAUUUUUUUUCAUAGAGAAAAACCAAAAACCAAACUAGGAGAGCCAAAACAAAGCCGAAACUUUUAUGGCCAACCGUGUAAUCCCAGCAGCACAGAGACUCCUGAAGACGCUCCGCCCUCUCAACUCGGCUUCCUCCACCACCAUCUCCGGCGUUUCGCCGAUCACCUUCCGUGAAAAGGCCCAACCCGAAGCGGAGGAGGAGCUGCUGCUGCCGCCCCUGGACGGCCACCACCCCAAAGCAGCGGAGGCCUUGUUCAACCUCGACGACGAGAACAACAGGCUGUUUGCGUCGGUUCCUACGUUGAAGCUGCUCCGCGCGGCGGCGAAUCUCCACAUGGUGGCGAUGGAGCCGAUGGUGGACGUGGGAAUGUGGAUGAUGAGGUCGAGGCUGAUGACGACGCCCGGGGUCAAAGACGUCAUUUUGGGGUUCAUAAGGUCCACGUUUUACGAGCACUUUUGCGCCGGUGAGGACACCGUGGCGACCGGUGAGUCGGUUCGCGCGCUCAACGAGGCGGGGCUUAGGGGCAUGCUGGUCUACGCCUUAGAGUACGCCAGCGACAACGAGUCAUGUGAUCGGAACUUGCAGGGCUUCUUGGACACCGUUGAAUCCACCAAGUCCCUUCCUCGUUCUUCCGUGAGCUUUAUUAUACUGAAGAUUACUGCAAUAUGCCCCAUGAAGCUUCUCCAGCGGGUUAGUGACUUGCUGAGAUGGCAACAGAAAGACCCUUCUUUCAAUCUUCCAUGGAAGCAUGAGACUCUACCCAUUUUCUCGGAAUCCAGUCCUCUGUAUCAUACGAUGGAAAAACCCGAACCUUUAACUCCGGAAGAAGAGCGUGAUCUCGAGUUAGUCCAUCAGAGACUACAAAGACUAUCCGAAAGGUGCGUAGAAGCUAAUGUCCCUUUAUCGGUGGAUGCAGAGUACACAUCGAUUCAGCCUUCCAUUGAUUACUUGACAUACGCUUCUGCAAUCAAGCACAAUAAAGGUGACAACCCAAUUGUUUACGGUACAAUCCAAGCUUAUUUGAAAGAUGCAAAGGAAAGAUUGUUGCUAGCAUCAAAGGCUGCAGACAAGAUGGGCAUUCCGAUGGGUUUCAAAGUGGUGAGGGGUGCUUAUAUGUCAUGUGAAAGUAAAAUAGCUUCUGCCUUGGGCUAUGACUCUCCCAUUCACAACAGCAUUGAGGAGACACACGCGUGCUACAACGAGUGUGCUUCUUACAUGCUUGAGAGAAUUGGAAAUGGCUCCGGCGCUGUUGUUCUCGCAACCCAUAAUGUAGAAUCUGGGAAACUGGCUGUGAAAAAAGCACAUGAAAUUGGGAUCAGCAAGGUGCACCAGAAGCUCGAAUUUGCUCAGCUGUACGGAAUGGCAGAAGCACUUUCCUUUGGUCUGAAAGACGCAGGGUUUCAAGUCAGCAAGUAUAUGCCAUUUGGACCUAUAGAAUUAGUGAUGCCUUACCUUUUACGGAGGGCUGAAGAAAACCGAGGGCUUUUAUCUGCUUCAACUCUAGACAGAAACCUUACCAGGGAGGAGUUGAAAAGGAGACUCAAAGCAGCAAUUUUCUAAGGCAAAAACUAAAGGCUUUUGCACAACCAAGAAGCUUGGUGCUUCACCGCCAACAUUGUAAAUUAUCAGUAAUUGUGGUGAAAUGCACAGUUACUGGAAUGAAUAAUGAAGAUUUGUUAGUAGGAAAGUUGUGCUCUGUUUUCCCUAUUACAUUAGGGCAUUCUGUAAUCUAGGGCUGCAACAGGUCCCUACUCCCUACUUCCAUGCUCUAAACGAAUAAAAGUCCGUUUAUGUUGCUUCCAAAUCA